AUGGGCUUUUUUCUUCCGAUUUUAUUCGGAGUUUUUCUUUUAUUCACCGUUACACCACCGUCCCUGGCUCAGCUUCCUCCGGCAAUAAUAAUAGCUCCGGCACCGGCGCCUACUCCACCAUCGGAACUAUGCAACGGAAUAUUCCUUUCCUACACAUUCAAAGUCGGUCGCAAGAUCCCUCCAAACGACACAACCGAUCAGCCAUAUCGUUUCGAGUCAGUCCUCACGGUUCUCAACAACGGCCGUGAAGAGCUUAAAGAAUGGAGAGUGUUCGUCGGAUUCCGCCACCGCGAGAUCCUUAUUUCCGCAACCAAUGCCAUAAUCGUCAAUGGAACGGAGCUCCCUGCUCCGGUAGGAAACGGCACCAUCUUAGGUGGCGAUCCUGUCUCCGACCUCAAAACGGCCAUUCAAACCGCCGGUGACUUAAAACAGAUGACGGCUAGGAUCGUACUCGUCGGGACUCAGUUCAUGGUGACUCCUCCGGCGAUCCCUAUGCCAUCCAACAUAUCGCUUGUUAACGAUGGCUGGCUCUGUCCUGAGCCAAUUCCUUCUUCUCCGCUAAGCAAAAGAGAGAUAAUGACGUGCUGCAAGAGAGACCCGAGCAUUAAAGUCAACACAACGAUCACCAGCGACAAGUUCCUUCCACGACAAUCCGGAGACUUGACCAUAAUGUACGACGUGGUCCGAUCCUACGCCCAGAACUACCUAGCCGAAGUAACCAUGGAGAACCACAACGCACUAGGCCGGCUCGACCACUGGGAGCUAAGCUUCGACUGGAAGCGAGACGAGUUCAUACAGAAAAUGCAAGGCGCGUAUCCAACGGUCGUGGACGCCACGAAAUGCAUCUUCGGUCCACAAUCCAAAAUCUACGCCGACCUAGAUUUCGCCGACGUUCUCACCUGCGAGAGACGUCCCAUCAUCGUAGACUUGCCUCCGACCAAAGCAGAGGACUCCACUCUAGGCAAAAUCCCUUCUUGCUGCAGAAACGGUACGAUCUUGCCACGUAUCAUGGACCCUUCAAAAUCAGCCUCCGCCUUCACAAUGCAAGUCUCCAAAAUGCCUCCCGAUUUCAACCGGUCCUCUCUCUUCCCGCCGCAAAACUGGAAAAUCAAAGGGUCUCUUAACCCGGAUUACUCUUGCGGGCCACCCGUUCGGGUUAGCCCGACUAUGUAUCCGGAUCCGAGCGGUAUGCCUACGAACAAAUCGUCUUUCGCCAGCUGGCAGGUUGUUUGCAACAUCACAAACCUUAAAACCGAGACCCCGAAAUGCUGCGUUUCCUUCUCCGCUUUCUUCAACGACUCCAUCGUCCCAUGCAACACCUGCGCCUGCGGCUGCGUUUCCGAAACGCGACGCACGUGCAGCGCCGAGUCUCCGUCGCUUCUCAUUCCUCCAGACGCUCUUCUCUUGCCUUUCGAGAACAGAACGUCUCUAACGGUUGCGUGGAACGCACUCAAACACAAGACCUUGCCUGAUCCGAUGCCGUGUGGCGAUAACUGCGGCGUCUCGAUUAAUUGGCACAUGGCGUCGGAUUACAGAGGCGGUUGGACGGCGAGGAUCACGAUUUUCAACUGGGGAGAUAUUGAUUUCCCCGAUUGGUUUUUGGCGGUUCAGAUGAAAAAACCGGCGAUUCGUGGUUUCGAGAAAGCCUACUCGUUCAACGCGAGUCUCCUGAGCGUGGACGGAGGAGUCAACAACACCAUUUUCAUGGAAGGACUUCCGGGUCUGGAGUAUCUCAUGGCGGAACGAGAUGAGCAAGAUCCGAAGAAGAAGAAAGUGAGGGUUCCGGGUAAACAGCAGUCGGUAAUACAGUUCAGCAAGAAGCUCACGCCGGGGAUUAACGUGGCGGAACGAGACGGGUUUCCGGCGAAAGUGAUAUUUAACGGCGAGGAAUGUUUGCUUCCCGAUGUGUUUCCGAUUGCAAGUGGUGGUGGUCGGAGAAAUGGGUUUACGAUCGCGGUUUUGUCGAUUCUCGCGAUUUUUGUUGCGGCGUUUAUAAUUUAA